UAAGCACUAGGCAAGGUGAGGACGGAAAUCACACCCAUCUAUGUAGGUGAGGAAAGAGCCUGAAAAGGAGGGGCCAUCUGUCAGUCAUGUGCAUUGAUGCAUUAAGUUGACAAGGUGAAGUUUCAUCAGUGUGGCGGAUUCAGCUUUGCUUUAGCAGUCUUUCUCUCUUCAUUCUCUGACAAGGCAGAGUGAAAUCCCGUUUUAAAAAUGGAUAAGUUUCGGAUUAUGGUCCAGUUUCUGCAAGCCAACCAAGAGUCCUUCAUGAAUGGCAUCUGUGGCAUCAUGGCUCUGGCAAGUGCUCAGAUGUAUUCCUCAUUUGAGUUUACAUGCCCUUGCCUUCCAGACUACAAUUAUGCCUAUGGCAUCGGCAUUCUCAUCGUUCCGCCAAUAUGGUUCUUCUUACUUGGAUAUGUAAUGAACAAUAACAUAUCAGUGUUAACCGAAGAAUGGAAGAGACCCGUUGGAAAGCGCAGCAAAGAUCCGGCGGUAUUGCGCUAUAUGUUCAGCUCCAUGACGCAGCGCGCUCUCAUCGCUCCGGCUGUAUGGAUAGCCGUGACUUUAAUGGACGGCAAGAGCUUUUUGUGCGCCUUCAGUCCCACGGCGGAUUUAUCCGAGUUUGUCAACGAGAGCUAUCAAAGCUUAUCACAAAAAGAGCUUCUGAAAAUUCAAGCAAAGAUUCCGUGUAAAGACAUAUUUGAAGAGCAUGAGAUUAUUUCCAGAGAAGCGGCCACUAGGUAUAUUCGCUGUUUGUCACAGGCAUGCGGAUGGACCUUUUUGAUGGUUAUAACUCUCGUAGCCUUCUUGGUAAGGGCAAUAAGACCUUGUUUUACCCAAGCUGCUUUUCUAAAAACCAAAUACUGGUCGCAUUACAUUGACACAGAGCGCAAACUAUUUGACGAAACGUGCAAAGAGCACGCCAAGAGUUUCGCCAAAGUCUGCAUACAGCAAUACUUUGAGAGCAUCAGUGGAGAAAUUGUUUCACAGCUUCCACAGUCCCCUGCAAAGAAAGGGAAAGGUAAUAAAGAUGAGGAUGGAGAAAAACAGAAGAGUGAUGAGGAGAGGCUUCUAGGAAUCCGAAAAGAAGGCGACAUGAACAAAGUGCUCUGGAACUGGCAUACAUGUAAACCUCCGCUACUGCUGAGUAAACGCACUGAAGAAAUGAAUGGACAUGCACACUUAGAUACCCACAGCCUCACUGAUGAGCGCCAUACCAAAAAAAAAGCUGUGGUGUACUAUUCCAAAGUCUGACCUGAUGGUGGUAUUUUAAAAACUGAAUGAGGCGCUUCACUGUGAAGAUAGUUCUUUCUGCUAUUGUAUUUAUUGCAUGUCCUUUCAUGUGACUCAACCGUUCAUUUGAUCUAUUGUAAACAUAUUGUUUAUUUCCAUAAAGAGAGCAUAAAUAAUAGGAUAAAACAAGAUUAGUAACUCAACUAAGGUGUGACCAAAGUUAUAAUAAUAAUGAUACAAUGAUUAUGAUGAUCUUGCUGCUGAUAUGAUGAGUAUACCACUUUUUAUUUCUCGUUUGCAACAAAAUGAAUCGAACUAAAUUUAAGUUGGCGGUUCAUUCCACUGUGGCGACCCCUGAUGAAUAAAGGGACUAAGUCGAAGAAAAAAUGAAUAAAUAAAAUUUAAUUUAUAGGUAAAUUUCAAUAAACAUAAGUUUGAAAUAAGGAAAAGUUUGUUCAUCCAAUGUCAGUCAUAACUCAAAAACCUAUUAAAGAUUGCGGAUAUCAUUUGGAAGUUGAUUUGGAACUCAAGUGUUGUUUUUAAAAAUUAAAGUAAUUCACUGUCUUGACUGUUCAUGAGUUACCUUCAUGUUUAGUUGAGUUUACUUAUGCUUUUUAGGCAGUAGAACAUUAAUUUUAAGGUUUAACCAAGCUCCUUCAUUUAAAAAAAUCUAAGUUAAAUUCUAGAAAGAGAUGGGUAUUCAGUCAUAAAUUUAAAAAUUAUGAGCGCACACUAAUACUUAUUAUAAAUGCUGCAAUUUUAAUAAAAGAGACCAUUUUAUUUCAAUGUGA